AUGGGUUGCUCAGAGUCGAAGGUGGAGGAGCAGAGGGCCGUGGUGCUCUGCCACGGCCGGGCUGACAUACUCGCCGCCGCCAUUCGCCAUCGAAACGCCCUCGCGAGCGCCCACGCCGCCUACUCCGACUGCCUCCUCUCCGUUUCCGUUGCCCUCCACCGUUUUCUCCUCCUGCUGCCCCCUUCCUCUUCUUCUUCCUCCUCCUCCUCCUCCCCUGUUCUUUCCGUUCCUUCCCGCCGCGAGUCGGAGCCUAGUCCACCACCGCCUGCUCCCGCUGUUUCCUCUGCCCGCCGCUCCAACCCCAGCGCUCCCAUCAAGUUCGAUACUUUGGACUCCGAUGACGAGUACGAGGGCGUCGUCGACGAUGGUUACUAUUUCCACCAUCAACACCCCUACGAAGGACCAUUCCGUCACGUUCCUAGCUUUGAAAGCAUCUAUUACGCACGCAGACAGCCGGCGCCUUACUCUGUCGCCUACGAGCAGCGGCCGCCGAGCUAUGAGACCCUCCAAGUUGACUACUUUGAUCCUUACUCCGGUUUCACUUCCCAAGAAAACCACCCUUUUCCCUUCCCCCCUGGUUAUUACGGCUCAAUGGGCGGAUCUUUCAACCCCAACCCGGCUUCCGAGACAAUGCCGCCGCUGGUUUCGAGAGGUUCUUCCUCCUCUAGAGCGCCUCCUCCUUCACCACCGAGGAUAUCCACUUGGGAUCUUCUGAACCCUUUCUCGACUGACAUAUACGGUCAUGGGUACACUCCUAGCCGAAAUUCCGGCGAGGUGAGGCACGAGGAAGGGAUCCCCGACCUCGAAGAGGUGGACAUGGAGCAGAAGAUGGUCCAGGAAGCCACCUAUAGCAACUUGAGCUCUACAGCUGUCUCCUCUUCGGCCACCAAAAACGGAGCAUACACAUCCAUUCGUGCAUCCUCGGCGCGAGAGGAUGAAUCGAGAAGAUCAUGUCGGCAACUGUCAAAGGCCGGUCGGAGCUCGAAUUCUGAUACAUCGGUGAUCGAUAAGAAUGUGGUGGCCAUGGAACAGAGGAACGCCGCAGCCUCCAAUAAUACACGGAAUGCUUUAGAGGUUGCUAAUGCCAUUAAAGCGCAGUUUCAAAGGGCAUCCAAGAGCUUCAGAAAGCUCUCCGAACUGUUGGAGAUGGCAAAUCACCAGCUUCACUCAAAACAAUCUCCCCAUGAUGGAUUGCUUACUCCAUUAAAUUCUAUAGAUGAUAGUGUAAAAGGAUCCAUGGGCCUUGCUUCCAUAUUGCAGAAACUGUAUGUUUGGGAGAAGAAGCUUUACAACGAAGUCAAGAGUGAAGAGAGAAUGAGACUGUUGCUUAGCAAGAGCAACAAGGAACUGAGGCACUUAGUUGAAAAGGCUGCUGAAGCUCACAGGAUCGAUACCACUCGAAGUUGGAUCGACAAGCUAUCAAUGGAAAUUGAGAUAGCAAUUCAGGUUGUCACAACGGUUUCGAAGAAGAUUGAUGCAGUUCGGGAUGAAGAACUGUGGCCACAAGUCACUGAACUUGUUCUAGGUUUGGUGAGAAUGUGGAGCCUUUUGCUUAAGUGUCAUCAAGUGCAUUGCCAAGCGAUUGCCGAAGUCAAAGGACUUGAUUUCAUCGUCUCGAGUGGAAAGCUUAGCAGUGCCAAUGCUGAUGAAAUACUGCAGUUGGAAAUGGAGAUGCAUAAGUGGAGUAGCAACUUGCCCGCAUCGAUUAAUGCCCAGAGGAACUUUGCCAAAGCCUUGAAUGGUUGGCUCCUACUUUGUCUUCCUCAUGAGCAUGCUGAAACGGCUCCCUCUCCAACCAGAAUUGGCGCGCCGCCUGUUUUUGUCAUCUGCAACUACUGGUCACAGGCCAUGGACAGGGCUUCCGAGUGCGAGGUGACCAACUCCUUGCUGACCUUUGCCGAUUCAUUGCACCAGCUGUGGGAGCGGCUGGCUGUAGAUCAGAAUGAUCGGAUGAUCGCAGUCAGAGAUAGAGAGAAAUUGCUUAGGGUCAUUGAGAAAAAGAGAAGGGCAAUGCACAAGGAAGUGAAAUCUCUAAGGAAGAAACUUGCAUUAGUCCCUGGUCAGAUCACCACACCACCUCAUCAAAAGCCUGAUGAUGCUCAUAAUACUACUGCAGAAGUAGUAGGUAGUCUGGAAUCAGGAUUGAAGAAUGUCUUUGAAGCCAUGGAACACUUCUCAGCUAGUUCAGUGAAAGCUUAUGGCGAGCUGCUUGAGCUUUGUGGAGAGCAGAAGACAGACUCAGCACAAAAUUCCCAUUGGAAUUUGAUAUAG